UACACCGGCGCAUCGGAGGGAGCAGGCUUCAGAGCAACAAAAGCUAGAGGCGCCCGCACCUCCUGCCCGCGUGGCCGCUCUCCUCUGCUCCGUCUCUCUCGCUCCACUACUUAGCCGAGAGAGCUCGCCCGCCGGUUCCUCUCUCUUCUCCUCUGGCCCUCUCGGCUAGUAGGAGUACUGGGCUUGACCAGACCGAUCAAUCGAGGCCGAGGAUUAAUCGCGCGCCUCCUGCCUGCCUUCUUCUAGCUGGUACACAGGAUGUCAACCUCACCUAUUCAGAUAUAUGUCUGGUGCAUUCUCCUAUUUGCCAAUGUUGGGAUAUCCGCAUCUUCACCUCUGGAAAAAGACGCACUCCUCGACAUCAAAAUUCAUUUGGAGGAUCCACAGAAUUACCUGAGCAACUGGGAUGAAUCUCACUCACCGUGCCAGUUUCACGGUGUAACGUGCGAUGAAAUUUCUGGUGAGGUCACAGGAGUGUCACUCUCAAAUGCCUCGCUGUCAGGCACAAUAUCACCAUCAUUUUCUGUUCUCCACCAGUUGCAUACUUUGGACCUCAGCGCAAAUUCCAUCUCAGGCACUAUCCCUGCAGCACUGACCAACUGCACAAAUUUGCAAGUUCUUAAUUUGUCAAUGAACAGCUUGACAGGCCAACUGCCUGAUCUUUCAUCAUUGCUCAAACUGAAAGUUCUUGAUUUGUCAACAAAUGGUUUUUCUGGUGCAUUCCCUGUGUGGAUCAGCAAAUUAUCAGGCCUAACUGAAUUGGGCCUAGGAGAGAACAGUUUCGAUGAAGGUGGUGUUCCUGAAAGCAUUGGACUCCUGAAGAACCUGACAUGGCUAUUCUUGGGGCAAUGCAACCUUAGAGGAGAGAUACCAGCUUCAGUCUUUCAUUUGGAGUCACUUGGGACCCUGGACUUCUCGCGCAAUCAGAUGACCGGUGUGUUCCCGAAGGCGAUAUCCAACUUGCGCAACCUGUGGAAGAUUGAGCUCUACCAAAACAAUCUGACCGGUGAAAUUCCUCCUGAGCUUGCACACCUGACAUUGUUGUCUGAAUUUGAUGUGUCUCAUAAUCAACUUACUGGUGUACUGCCCAAGGAAAUUGCUAGCCUGAAGAAGCUUAAGAUCUUCCAUAUCUACAGGAACAACUUCUACGGUGAGCUUCCUGAAGGACUGGGGGACUGGGAGUUCCUUGAGUCGUUUUCAACUUAUGAAAAUCAGUUCUCAGGAAAGUUCCCUGCCAACCUUGGCCGGUUCUCACCACUCAAUGCAAUUGACAUAUCAGAGAACUAUUUUACUGGUGAAUUUCCAAAGUUCCUGUGUCAAAGCGAUAAAUUGCAGUUCUUACUGGCUUUGAGCAACAACUUCUCAGGUGAAUUCCCCACCUCUUACUCUUCUUGCAAGACACUAGAAAGGUUUAGAGUAAGUCAAAAUCAGUUCAGUGGGAGCAUUCCUCAUGGCAUAUGGGGAUUGCCUAAUGCUGUGAUCAUUGAUGUUGCUGACAAUGGAUUUAUUGGAGGAAUAUCUUCUGAUAUAGGCAUUUCAGCCACCCUAACCCAGCUGCUUCUUCAGAACAACAACUUCUCUAGUGAGCUUCCAAUGGAGCUGGGAAAUCUCUCUCAGCUCAAGAAGCUAGUUGCUUCCAACAACAGAUUCUCUGGCCAAGUCCCUGCACAGAUUGGUAACCUGAAGCAAUUGUCAUACCUGCAUUUGGAACAGAAUGCACUGGAAGGGUCAAUACCACCAGAAAUUGGUUUGUGCAACAGCCUAGUUGACCUUGAUCUUGCAGAGAAUUCUUUGUCUGGCAAAAUUCCUGACACAGUUGGCUCCCUUUUGAUGCUGGAUUCACUCAAUCUAUCCCAUAACAUGAUCUCUGGUGGAAUCCCUGAUGCAUUGCAGUCACUGAGGCUAAGCUAUGCUGAUUUCUCUCACAACAAUUUGUCUGGACCAAUCCCCCCACAACUCCUGAUGACUGCCGGAGAUGAUGCAUUCUCUGAAAACUCUGACCUAUGUGUCACUGACACUUCAGAAGGCUGGAGGCAAUCAGGCACCAGUUUACGCCCUUGCCAGUGGAUUGACAACCAUCAUAGCUUUUCACGGAGGCGGCUUUUUGCUGUGCUGAUCAUGGCGACCUCUCUGGUUGUUCUCUUAUCUGGAUUGGCAUGUCUGAGAUAUGAAAAUAACAGGCUUGAGGAUUUCAACAGAAAGCAAGACACUGAGAGUGGUGAUGACAGUGACUCAAAGUGGAUUGUCGAGUCCUUCCAUGUGCGAGGGGUCAAUCCAUCAGCUGCUUUGCCGGUACCCAUGGUUACAUAGCUCGCUGGCUUCCAUAUUCUCUCAAGGCGCGAGAAGAGAGUGACGUGAACUCUAGUCUUGUGCCCUGAGAGUUUCUUAGUGGACGUAGCCGGACAGACUACCAGUUUGAAGGUGAACUGGAAACUGUCUCCUGGGUUUGAUCCCAUGACUGCAGCAGUUUGAUCUAUAAGUUGGCAACUAUGCAUCAGAAGAUAUAAUAAAGGUCUUUUAACAUUGCCCUUGUCUAAAUUGUUCGAGCCCCUUCUGAGCGACCGACGAUGAGAGAAGUUGUGAAAAUGCUUAUUGACAUUUAUUCUACUUCCAUAUUCGGAGGACAAAGAACAAGAAUAAUAAGUAAAAGCAGGUUACCUUUUCUUUGUAAGAUGCCACCAUCAACAAGAUGAGGACCUUUACACUCAGAAUAGCAGCAACACUCUGAAGUAGCAGAUUAGGACCUUAGAAUGUAUCACUAGUGAGCUGGAAGCAAGUAACUAGCAGGCUGUUAAUAAUAAUCUGGAGGUGUAGUAGCCUCAUAGGUGAUGUAUCUAGCAGUUUCUGUAUAAAUUCAGUCAUAUAGCUUGCAGUUUCUGUAAAAAUGUUAGAUGAUGAUUUACUGUACUGCACUGUUAGAUAAUGAUGAAACAUAGCAGCGUAGUCCAAUUUCGACUA